CCCGCGCGCCGUGAGUGGCAGCGGCGCCUCCGCGGCGCUCUCCCCUCAGAGAGGCGAUGGAGUCCGUGCGGGCGCAGCGGCUGCAGCCCGGAGUGGGGGGAACGCUGCGCUCCCUGCGGCCCGGGGUCACCGGGGCCCCCGCCGCCUCCGCCGCCGCUCCUCCAUGUCGAGGUGAGGAGGGCGGUGCGGGGCCUGGGGUGGGAGAGCUCCGUUCUGUGCGGCGGGUGCGCGUCUGCAGGGAGGGACGCAGAGGGCCGUGCUGGGGAGGAUUCUUCUCGUGCCGGAGCAGCGCGGUGCACUACGCACGUAACCCGUCCGGCUCCGCGUCAGGACGGAUAAAGCUCGCGUUUUUCCAACGUGCCGGGCGGCGCUCGCCCCUGUGCCGCUGGCGGGAAUCUCCCGCGGCACCCGAGGAGACGCUGGGUGACUGCUCGGAGCCGGCGGCUUCCGCUCGGGGCGGCGGGGCCAGGCGGGGAGCGCUGCCAGGCGCUGAGCUGCCGCGGGACCUCUGGCUGCGGCCGCGCCAUGUGGAAGCACUUAGCGGCUGCGGAUACGCUCCCUUCAGGUCCUGGCAGGCCGCAGUGAGGUCUCCCCGCAGCGUUCUCCUCUCCAAGCUGAACAAGCCCCGUUCCCUCAGCUUUCCUUCCCAGCAGAGGAGCUGCAGCCCUCCCAGCAUCUUCGUGGCCCUCUCUGGACCCGUCCCAGGAGCUCUGCAUUGUUCUUGUGCUGGGAUCCCCGGGCAGAGCGGCCCCGCUGCUCCGCGCUCGGUGCCUGAGCCCUUCUCCUUGUGCCCCGCAGUGAACGUGGUGGAGGCCCUGCAGGAGUUCUGGCAGAUGAAGCAGUCGCGCGGGGCCGACCUGAAGAACGGGGCCUUGGUGGUGUACGAGAUGGUGCCGGCCAACAGCCCACCCUACGUCUGCUACGUCACGCUGCCCGGCGGCAGCUGCUUCGGCAGCUUCCAGUUCUGUCCGACCAAGGCUGAAGCGCGGAGGAGCGCCGCCAAGAUCGCGCUGAUGAACUCGGUGUUUAACGAGCAUCCCUCGCGCAGGAUCACGGACGAGUUCAUCGAGAAGAGCGUUUCGGAGGCGCUGGCGUCCUUCAACGGCAACCGAGAGGAGGCUGAUAACCCCAACACCGGCAUCGGCGCCUUCCGCUUCAUGCUGGAAUCCAACAAGGGGAAAUCCAUGCUGGAGUUCCAGGAGCUGAUGACGGUGUUCCAGCUGCUGCACUGGAACGGCAGCCUCAAGGCCAUGCGGGAGCGGCAGUGCUCGCGCCAGGAGGUCCUGGCUCACUACUCCCACCGCGCUCUGGACGACGACAUCCGGCAGCAGAUGGCCAUGGACUGGGUGAACAGGGAGCAGAACAGCCCGGGGGCCCUGUCCCGAGAGCUGGCUUCCACCGAGAGGGAGCUGGACGAGGCGCGCCUGGCGGGGAAGGAGCUGCGCUUCCACAAGGAGAGGAAGGACAUCCUGAUGCUGGCGGCCGGGCAGCUGGGCAGCAUGCACCCCUCCGGCUGCUAGGCUCCGCGCCAGCCCUCGCGGGGCCCUGCCUGCCUCACUCCCAGCGUCCUCCACAACCGGGGCCCGUUUGCACAUUUUAAACAUCACUUUCCUUUUUUUUUUUUCUUUUUUAAUUUUUUGUAAAGAACCCCAGCGCUCCUGUAUGUACAGAUUUUGAUACCACUUUAACCCUUGCUUCUCGGCCUCCCCCUCCUCCCGUCUGCUGGGGGGUUCCCUCCAUCCCUUUUUGACUUUAAAGAUGGCAUUUACGACGCAGCCCGGCAGCGUUAAAGAGCUGGGGAGGGAUCCGUGGCAGCGGCCCGGGGCUGAGCCGAGCCGUGCGGGAUUUGCCCGCAUCCCAGCACCCAGCGCCCCGAGGGCAUUUCCCAUGGGGCGGCCCCGUUGGGAGGCGGAGGCGAGGGACGCCGCCUUCCCCGCAGCUAUUCCACUUUUGUACCCCCACCCCGACGAGCCGACCUGGUUUUUAUAUCUAUUUUUAUACACAGCCCCUUUUCACAGCG